AGCGAGACUGUCUUUCACCAUUUAAUUAUAUUCUUAUUUUUUUGAGCUAAACAGUGGUGAUGAUUACUCGCUUGAGAAAAAAAAUUUUUACUUUAAAAAGUAUCGGAUUAGCUUUUGGGAUCAGUGGGGCCACUGCAGGUAUAGUGAUGGCUAGUGAUGCAGGUUUACACCCCCCUUCUUAUCCUUGGGACUUUAAAGGUUAUUUAAGCACGUUCCAUCAUGCUUCUUUGAGGCGUGGCUUCCAAGUUUAUCGUGAAGUGUGUUCGUCAUGUCAUUCUUUACAACGUGUGGCUUUUCGCCAUCUGGUAAAUGUUACACAUACUGAAAAGGAGAUGAAGGCCAUUGCCGAAGAUUAUGAGAUCGAAGACGGCCCAAACGAUAAAGGAGAAAUGUUUACUCGCCCAGGAAAACUCACCGAUUACUUUCCUUCGCCUUAUCCUAACAAAGAGGCUGCUAAAGCAGCCAAUGGCGGUGCUUAUCCUCCCGAUCUUAGUCUGAUGGUCCGAGGAAGGCACGACGGAGAGAACUACAUAUUCUCUCUGCUCACCGGAUACAUGGACCCCCCCGCUGGCCUCGAAGUACGCGAGGGGCUUCACUUCAAUCCUUACUUUCCUGGAGGGUUGAUUUCUAUGGACAGGCCUUUAUAUGAUGGGGCUGUCGAAUACGACGACGGCACGCCAGCCACCACGAGUCAGAUGGCAAAAGACGUGGUGUCGUUUUUGUGCUUUACAUCGAAACCGGAACACGACGAACGGAAGCGAAUGGGAUUGCGAGCAAUGAUCAUCCUGAUUACCGCAUUCGGGAUCGCCUUUUACCUUAAGCAGCAUAGAUGGGCAGUACUGAAAACUAGAAAAAUAUUCUACUGCCCUCCUAAAGAUUUGUAGAACUACGCACGCAUUAAACAUAGUCGAGAUUAUCACCUGCUAUAAUA